AUGGUUGAAAUUGGCUGCCAGAGGUAUAACAGCCUCGGGCCACCACCCUGCUCUGGCCUUAACCCCUUCAGUAGCCCGGUCCACGGCUCCUCCACACCCUUAACCCAUUCAGUAGCCCCCGCCCACGGCUCCUCCACACCCUUGACCUCUUCAGUAGCCCCCGUCCACGGCUCCUCCACACCCUUAACCCAUUCAGUAGCCCCCGCCCACGGCUCCUCCACACCCUUGACCCCUUCAGUAGCCCCCGCCCACGGCUCCUCCACACCCUUGACCCCUUCAGUAGCCCCCGUCCACGGCUCCUCCACACCCUUGACCCUUUCAGUAGCCCCCGUCCCCUUGACCACUUCAGUAGCCCCCGUCCCCUUGACCACUUCAGUAGCCCCCGUCCCCGUGACCCCUUCAGUAGCCCCUGUUCCCGAUUUUAUUUCUCCUACUUCCAGCUAUUUUAGUUUGUUGAAGGUCCCAUAA